UAUAUAUUAAAUAAAAAAGAAAAAAAAAUCAUAGGACGCCGCUGUCGGGGUCAGAACUCAGUCAGUGUUCAGUACUCAAAUCAACUCAAUCAUGGGGAGCCUGGCUGUAUGGCUAAUGGAGCCAGCACCCGUUAAUUUUACUUAAAAAUUAACUUUCCCAAAAAAAGGCCAAAAAAACAAAUAAAACGAAGAAAAAAUGUCAGACUGGAGUUGCAAUUGCACAGUAACAGAUGUGCACGAGAUCAUAAUUCAUAACCAAAAAAAAAAAAAAAAACCAAGUGUGGUGGAAUUCAGGUUAAAAUUUACUAACACCUGCCACGUACCCACUUCCUCUUCGGUGUUGAGCUUGACAAAGCCUGCUCAAACUUCUUCUCUUUAUAUUUUUCUUACAAUCCGUCUAUUUGCUUCUGAAUAUCCUUUUUGAACUUUUCUCCUUCUGCUUCUUCUUCCCUGCUUUACCAAGAUUCUCCCAAUCCUCAUUUUUUUUCCCCAUCCCAAUCCCCCUGCAAACAACAGGCAAAGCUAAUUCACAACUUAAGCUACUAUUCUUUUGUAUCUGAUUAAGUAUAAUUGCUGUAUGAUGUUAGGGAUCUGUAUAUCAGGAUGUCUUCCUUGUGGCGGCACGCAUAUUCAUCGUCUCUGACAGUUAUAACAAUUUGGUGAUAUAACCAAGGGAGAGUUUGUUUUAGAUGUUAUGCAACAACUCUUUGAGGUCAGUCUUUACUCGAGCUGGGGGGCUAAGGAGUUACGCUGAAGGAAGGUUAUUCAGCUGGAGGAGUUUGAAUGCAACUCGGAGCUUGAGUUUUCCGAGACAGUGGAGAUUUUCAUCGACGUUGAAAAAUAUGAUGGUGGAUACUGGUGCUAGUGCUACUGCCAAAGGAGGGCCGCCUAUGGGUGAUUUUUCUCCAGAGAAGGAAGAUAAUAUUGGAUAUGCUAGUGGAGGAUGGAAGAGCGAUGAUGGAAGACUCAGCUGCGGGUAUGCAAGUUUUAGGGGAAAAAGAGUUACCAUGGAGGAUUUCUAUGACAUCAAGACUUCCACUGUUGAUGGGAAAACAGUGUGUUUAUUUGGAAUUUUCGAUGGUCAUGGCGGUUCUCGUGCAGCUGAGUAUUUGAGGGAUAAUCUUUUUGAGAAUCUUUUGAAACAUCCAGAAUUUAUUGCUAAUACAAAAUUGGCUAUAAGUGAAACAUACAAACAGACAGAUGCAAAAUUUUUGGAGUCUGAAAAGGAUACUUUUAGGGAUGAUGGAUCUACUGCUUCUACUGCAGUUCUGGUAGAUAAUCAUUUAUAUGUUGCCAAUGUUGGAGAUUCCCGGACGAUAAUAUCUAAAGCUGGGAAAGCCAUUCCUCUUUCUGAGGAUCAUAAACCUAAUCGAAGUGAUGAGCGGAAAAGAAUUGAAAGUGCUGGAGGUGUAGUGAUGUGGGCAGGCACUUGGAGGGUUGGUGGUGUAUUGGCAAUGUCCCGUGCUUUUGGGAACCGCAUGCUAAAGCAGUAUGUGGUGGCUGAUCCAGAGAUUCAGGUACCCUUUCUUUGCCCUAUUAAUUGUAUAAAAUCUGCUUUUGGAGAUCAGCCUUCAAAGUGUUCUUCUAGGUUUACUCCUGGCUGUAUUUUCAUUUGAGAAUCAAGAAUUGUUUCUCCAGUGUCCGUUCUGCUAAACCUGUUGUGAGGGUUGGCCGUCAGUGGUAGCUGGCAAUUUUUCCUGAAAUCGACCUUUAUGUUAAUGCAGAGACCAUAUGUUUUACAUCGUUAGGGUGUCAUCUCCUUUUGCUAUCAUCAUCUAAAACCAGCUUGUACGUCACAUGGCCAAUGUGGCAGAUUAAGUUACUUUAGUUUCCUAUAAUGUGGGGGGAAUCUAGUUCAUUUUGGGUACAAUGACAACUUAAGAUCAUGUUAAACUGAGGUAUCUAUUGUGCAAGUUGUUACAGGGACUACAACAACAACAACCACACAGUAUAUUCCCAACUCGGUUGGGAUCUGGGGCGUCAAGAUGUAAUUCAUAAUCAGAGACUAAUGAAACAAAAUAAGCAGUGGAAAAUUCUGGGUAAUUCAUAAUCUGGAAUGGGCUUGUAGACACAAGACAUGAACACAAGGCUCAUAAUUUGCUUUUCCAGUUUGAAAUUGUUCUUCAUUCGUUUUCUUCAUUUCUCACAGGACUUGGAGAUUGACGAAGAACUAGAAUUACUUGUACUUGCAAGUGAUGGAAUAUGGGAUGUUGUUCCUAAUGAGGUUAGAUUUCACUGUGAAGACUUCAUUAUCUUGGUGGAGUGUAUUGAGAGCUCUUUAGGCAUUUUGAAGAGCAAACACGUAGAAACUACUGCUUAGCAGAUGUUGCAUGUGGGAUGGUUACACAUCAUAGCAUCUCAUUUAAUUGCAUGUGUAGUUUCACGUUAGAGUAACACAUGCAUUAUCAUUUUUCCUUCCUUAAAAGCUCAGGGGAGUUGGAAAUAUGUUCUACAAUGUUCUUUUACUUAAAUUGAGGAUUGGGUCUUCUGAGAAGGCAUGGUUGUGCGUUGUGUCAGGAUGCUGUUUCUAUCGCUCAAGCAGAAGAUGAACCAGAAGCAGCAGCUAGAAAGUUGACAGAGACUGCCUUCACUCGUGGAAGCGCUGACAAUAUUACUUGCAUUGUGGUGAAACUUCAUCACAGCAAAGCAGAAGAACCAGUGGAAAAAUCAUCCCGGAGUGAACCCCUGCAGGAAUAAAUAAUUUGGUGAUCGUUGCAUGUGCAGUAAUUCUUACCCUUCUUACGUAAUUCCAUCAUGGGUAUCUGUUAGCUGAUAAUGGCUGGAUGUGCAGAUGGGAAGGCAGUCAUUUUUUGUUCAUUCAUUGGUUUUGUUUCUUAUUUAGCCACAAGUUUGGAAGUAUGUCCAAUCUUGUUGCUGUGUAUGUUGUUCUCUGUAUCAUCCUGGAAACUGAUUGUAGAUUGCAAUCGUAGAGAAACUUUUGGACGCAUUUCAUUUCUGUUUGAAGCCGUGUUUUAAAUUAUCCUCCCAUUUGUUAUACCUAAGGAAAAUAGUGAAAUUGAUCAUAUUGUGCUCUUGUAGUGGUCCUUUGUUUUUCUUCCCUUGUAGUGGUCCUUUGUUUUUC